ACAGCUAGUCAGUGUUGUGUUACGCCCGCUGAACGCUUGCCGUUUAAGGCGGAGCAGCUCUGCCAACUGACGACAAGUGGUCAAGAUUAGCGCAAUCUCAAUCCCAAUAAUAGAUAAGAUAACGCGUAUUAUAAAGUUUGAUUAAACCAACGAAACUCGUUUAACGAUUAAACGCAAUAACCGUGCUCUAACUAUUGCCAACUGACACGUGUCGAUGCAUUAACCAGAGGAUAACAAAGAGAGACACAACUGCAACAAGUGGAAUUUUAUUAAUAAUUAAUAACUUAAAUAUCGUUUGUGAUUGCAAUAGAAGCCAAUUAACGCACUGGAUAAUUUCGAAGUUUUCGACGAGUUCGCAAUGGAUUUCUGGGGUAUUUUCAUGUUCUGCCUUCUGACGUUUCUCGUGAUGAGCUGCUGCGGAUAUUGCUGCACGAGCAAGCGACGCGGAACGGUACUUUCAACGCCAGUUGUGGUUACAUCGGCCACACAUACAGCGCCUGGCGGUUAUCCCGUUACACAGAUACCAGCCACAACCUAUCAGCCUAACACCUAUGGAACCCCAUAUCCUGCACAGACCACCGGUAACGUGAGCGUGCAGCAGAUGCCCAUGCCCAUGCCUGGAGUACCAAUGCCUGGCAUGCAGCCGAAUGUGGUAGCAUAUCCGCCCAUGCCAAUGCCGCAGCCAGGAGCUGGAGCUGCGAACAUGAAUCCCCCCACAUAUGACAUGGCCAUGGCUAAUUCUGGGCCGAGCGUUAUGCCCGGUGGCUACGAGAAGCAAAGCCCCUACAAUCCCAACUAUGCCCAAUAGAAAUUAGAAAAUCGUGUGGCAAUUGCUUGGACAAUUGUCUUGUGCGCACUUUCGAGCUGUUUACGGAACUUUUACGAAUGUACGCUUCAGAGUCGCUUAAUAACGUUAGCUAUAAUUUGUAAUAUUGUUAUACUAUUUGCUUGCGGUAUUAUGGGGCAUCCGAGAAGUACCAAAGUGAAGAGCCAUCUUUUUGUAUUCAUUGUAUUCAAAACACCAUAAAUAUUUUAUAGUCGUUCACGCAUAAUUGUGAUGUAAAUAGAUUAAGUUCGAUCUAUUUUUAAUUUAUUUAUCAUAAGAAAAAAAAAAAAUAAUAAAAAAAAAUAAUAAAAUUGUGAAAUGCACAUAACUAUGUAAAGUCUUAUGCAUAUUUCUGUGUAUUUUCAUAACUCAACUCUACACCAGGAAAUAGUGUAUUUAUUUAGUCAUUGUUGUUGAGAGACAAUUCAUAGCUUUACUUUUGAUGUAUUUAAAUGGCUUCUACCAGCUUGUUUUUGUUAAAGCGAUGCAUUUACUUAAUCGAAACGAAUUGAUUAUAGAUCUGUUAGUUACGACUUAUUCAAACCAAUAAAUUAUAUAAAUAAGUCAUCAGUUCUUA